ACAAGCAGACUGGAGCUUCGUGCUAUGAUUUUUCCAUCAUGGGCUGCUGCUUCAGCAAAGAACUAAAUGACAGCAAAAGCAAUGAGAAAACUGGUCUGUUACAAAACUCGGGGGAAGAGGAGGCACCAGAAAACAGGAUAAGUAAAACUUUAUCUUCGAUAUUGGAUACUGUGCAGAGUAAGGAACUAUACGAAGUAGACAAGACAGCUAAUGAGGCAAAUGUUGUAGUUAGCCGUAUUCGAGGCUUGCAAACGGACAGGGAGCCAAAUUCUGUAAGGAUGUUUUGGGCUGAAAAAUUGAAGUUUCCUUUUUUUAAGAUUGUGGGGAAGACAGAAUGUGAAAGGUCUACUGAGAAUAUGGAUGAAUCCUCUAAUGUGUUUUCAUCAUUGAAUUACAUACAAAAAGCCUUAAAUAGAUAUGAGAAUCUGGAGAAGAGGGAAGUUGAGAGUGACUUCGUUGCUAAUGAAAAGGCCUCUGAAAAUUCCAAUAGUAAUGCACACUUCGUGAAUAAUGGACCCGAACUUAACAUGGCUGAAGAUCUACGUUCUCGAAAUGACUUUGUUUCUCUUUCUUAUGCACCAGUGCUUUCAAACCAAAGCUUACAGGAAGGGGUUUCCUUAAAUGGGAACCAUCUGGAGUGUAACAAAGAAACUUAUAGAAACUCAGCAGAGAGGGGAAAAGUGGUAAAUUUGCAAACCAGCACUACUGAUGGGUAUAAACAACCUUCAGGUAUGUCUGAAAAGUUAGCAGAUGAGAAACUCUCUCAUCGUGGCAUUGAACCUAUCCUGAAUUUGAGAGAGAGGGGGUUUUAUAGCAUUUGUGCUGUAGAUACCGAUUAUCUGAAAAUGGAAGAAGAGACCCCUGUUGUCAUGCAUGCAGAAACUGCAACAAGCAAGUGUCAUUCAGCUGUUACCACUGAGGGAAUGUUUACUGUGUCAUGGCCCCUAGAUACUGGGAAGGAAUUUUCAGUUUGGCAUUCUGUUCAAGGGGCAGCUGAGUUAAAAACUCACCAGCAAGAAUUUUCAGGACACAAAACGUUAGCGCCAAAUGAAGUAAAGGAGACUCUAAAUGUGGAAAUUCUGUCUAGUCCUGAAUUACUGAGAGUUAGUGAUUUAAAAUCUAAUAAUCCAACUGAAGAUGUAGGGGAAAAAAAUGACUUUCUAAAGGACUGUACUCAGAUGAGCACAUUAGCUAGCACUGGCACCCUAGCUAAAUUAAGUAAUAACACAAGCAAUGAUCUACUAAAGCAUUUCCAUGCUCAUCAAGAGCGAGAUUGUCAUAGUUCAGAAAGAGUAAAUCAUAUUGAUGAUGCUUCCAUUAAUUUAGUUCAAAACACAGACAAUACCCAAAGAAAUGAUGAAAGUGAAGCAUCAUCACCAAGUUUAUAUCUUAGUAUGGGAAGGCUCCCAAACGAACUGGAAAACAAAUUUUCCCAACAAACGUUCAGCGACAGUCUAGGUAAAUGUCAAGGGGCAUUGGAUGUAAUAGACAGUUUUCCUUCAGUCACUCAAGAUGGACUUCAGUUCAUUCCGGAGGACUUGACUGCUAAUCAUUUUAGAAGUGAAUUUCCUCAAAUGCCCUGUGAUCACAAAGAAGCAGUGUCAAAUUCUAGCGAUCACAAUCUUGAGUGUGAACAACUCAUAGACACCAGAGGGAAAGGUCUGGAUGGGUGCAGAUUGGAAAGUGAAAACGUUCAGCCUGAAAGAAAACCUUUAAAAUCUGAGAGCAGUCCCUAUUUUCAACGGGAUAUUAAGGUUUCUGAUGUAGCCUGUGCUGUAAAUCCUACUCAAGAAGGGGAGAAUAAUAAGGUUUCAGUGGAGCCAAAGUCUUCGUAUCAGAUAGAUGUACCCAUUGAUUCUAUUAUGAGCAAGACUUUGGAACAGUUAAGUAAUAGAUUUUCAACAUGUGAAUUACACGGCUCAAAUCCAUGUGAAAUAAUUCAAGACAGAAGCAAUCCGUCACCUAAAUGCUCCCAAAGACAUGUAGAAAGUGAAGGUAAAAAGUGUUUUCAGAAUUCUGAUUCUUUAAGGAAAGAGGAUAUUUCAUUUGAAUCACCUCCAGCUUGUCCAGAUGCAAGUGAAAUUGAUUUAGACAAUGAACUACUAAUUGAAAGUUCAUUUCAGGCAAUGGAAAAUCAAGUGUGUGAUGGGACUGAACUUAAAAUAUUAGCGAAAAAUUUAGUAGAUCCAUUUACAUAUUCAUGGUCUGAAACGGACAAAAAUGAGACAAAUCAGUUCGAGUCACAAAAUUUAAUUCCAGGUUCCGAUAGCACCCUCGGUCAGAAAAAUAAUAUAGUAAAUUGCAGAGAAGAGUUAGUGCACAGGACAACUCAAGAUAACCCUGCUGAACUUCUGGAAGGUGCUACAUUUGAAAUAAAUCUACAGGAAAAUAACUUGGAAGCUUUUAAGACAACUGACAAAUUUGAAGCAUUAAAUGGUUUACAAAUUAAUUCAGCUUCAACACCCUUUGAAAAGACAAAGCACAAUUUUAGCGAUAGUCCUGAAAAUCCAGAACUAAAAGCAGUAUGGAAUGGGGAGUCUUCUGGGUAUUCACCUGAAGACGUUACUGAGAGUUACGGAAGCUGCCUAUCAAAUUUAAGGCAGCCCAAAUUUCAAGAUGAGGGGGAAGCUGGACUCUGUGCUGAAGAAGAUGGACUUGCUGUAGAAAAAGAAAAUUUUGAUCCGAAUGCUCUUAACUCCUUAGUUUCAGUUGAUAAAAAUGAACACAUAUCCCAGUCACGAGGAAUAAGUGCAGACUCAGCAAGUAAGGGGUAUAUUUUACAUGCCAAAGAGAGUGAUGCAAAAAAGCAGGAUGAUGCUAAUUAUGAAAAAAACAAGUUUUGUACACCAAACACACCUAAUGGACAUCCACAUGUUAGUGCUGAUCCCACACAAGUAGAUAAAUACGCUGCUACUCCUUCAUAUGAAAUACCUCAAGCAGUUCCAGUCAUCUCAGUUGGUGGUCAAGAAUUGGUGCCAGACAAGAAGAAUUACGUUCCACACCAUCCCCUGGAAGAUAUUUCGAUCGAAUCUGAACAACCCCCAGAAACUGACUUGCAGGAUUUCCAAGAUGAAGGGGGCUCCCAGUUUUUGGGUGACUUUCCUUACUAUCAGUCUGGAACCCUAACAAAUCAGAUGUCUUCUGAGAGGCUUCUCAGUGGUGGUGGUGAAUAUUUGUUGGGGUACCUAUGGACUAAUCCGACUGCAAAAGAUACUUUGGAAGAUAACCAGCAAACACUUAGUGAAGGACCACAAAAUAAACAAAAUAAUUUAGGAAUUGCUUCUUCAUUUUCAAUGGAAAGAUGUCCUUACCAGCUGCUGGUACCGGAAGAUAGCGGUAUUUGGGGAUGGCAAGAUAGAAGUGAACAAUUAGAGUCCACCAAGGUUUCCGAAUUAAACCCUAAUGCAAAAGUAUGGGGAAAUCAUAUGCUACACUUGGAAGCAAGUGGUUCCACUGGUAGUGUGAGUAAAACCUGGGAAGAAAUACCAGACCACCCUCCAGAUUCCUGCAAAGAAGGAUUGGAUGCCAAUGGCGAUGGUGACAAAAAGCAUCAGAAUGCAGUGUUAGCAGAACUACAAGAGCCAUCUCUAACGGUGUCAGACCAGACCGAUAUGAACACUUUGGCUCUGGAUCAUUCCGAAUAUGAAUCUCUGCCUGAAAGCACCCAGACAGGAGGAAAUGAGCAUCUACAGCCAGAGGGUCAAGAAGACCUCCGGGAAGUGCUUAAAAAAACACUGGAAUUCUGUCUGUCCAGAGAGAAUCUUGCCAGCGACAUGUACCUUAUAUCACAGAUGGACAGUGAUCAGUAUGUGCCAAUAAUAACAGUAGCUAACCUUGACCACGUCAAGAAACUCAGUACUGAUAUGGAUUUGAUUGUUGAAGUGCUGAGAUCAUUGCCUUUAGUCCAAGUGGAUGAGAAGGGAGAAAAGGUCAGGCCAAAUCAGAAUCGCUGCAUUGUUAUAUUACGUGAAGUACCUGAGUCUACUCCUAUUGAAGAAGUGGAAGCGCUCUUUAAGGGCGAUAAUUUACCCAAGUUCAUCAACUGUGAGUUUGCUUAUAAUGACAACUGGUUUAUAACAUUUGAAUCAGAAGCUGAUGCGCAGCAGGCUUAUAGAUAUUUGAGAGAAGAAGUGAAAACCUUCCAAGGAAAACCGAUAAAGGCUCGGAUAAAAGCAAAGGCAAUAGCUAUAAACACAUUUUUGCCAAAGAAUGGAUAUAGACCUCUGGACAUGAACCUUUACACCCAGCAGCGUUAUACUACAUCAUUUUAUUUACCUCCAGUGUACAGCCCCCAACAGCAGUUCCCCCUGUACAGCUUAAUUACCCCUCAGACGUGGUCAACUACACAUAGCUACCUGGAUCCUUCUUUGGUAGCACCAUUUCCAAAUACUGGAUUUAUCAAUGGGUUUACGUCUCCAACCUUCAAACCUGCAGCAUCUCCUUUGACUUCCCUCAGACAGUAUACUCCUAGGAACAGGAAUCCUAGUAAGUCACAUCUGCGACACACAAUACCCAAUGCAGAUAGAGGACCUGGAUUAUUAGAGAGCCCUACGAUAUUUAAUUUUUCUGCCGAUCGUUUAAUUAAUGGUGUCCGGAGUCCACAAGCAAGGCAGCCAGGACAGAACAGGACUCGGAUACAAAACACUUCAAGCUAUGCCAAGAGAGAUAUAGGAACUGGGCGAAUGGAACAGAGUAAUCUUGAAUCAUCUCCUGGAUUAGGUAGAGGAAGGAAAAACUCAUAUGGUUAUCGAAAGAAAAGAGAGGACAAGUUUACAAGGGGUCAGACGCAAUCACCACCACCAGCGGCAAAACCUCCAUCUCCUAGUUUUGAACUGGGAUUGUCUAGCUUUCCGCCUUUACCCGGAGCUGCAGGCAAUUUGAAGACUGAGGACUUGUUUGAAAACAGAUUGUCUAAUGUAGAAAUAGGAGCAUCAAAAGAUAGGAAUCUAAAUGUGGAUGCAAGUACAAACACUAUCCCGUCAGGAAUCCCCAGAGAGCCGCCUCCCCCAGCCGCCUCCGCCGCCGCCUCCGCCGCCGCCACUGCUGUCGUCGCCACCACCACCACCGCUGUACCUGGGACGUAUGAACGCCCUCCAUCCCCAGCCCAGACGCCAGAGGAACCCAAAGUUGUGGAAAAGCAGCAAAGGGAAACACAAAGCGUGGAAAGGCUUUCUUCUCCACUCACUACCACUACUGCGUGUAAAUCGGUGCAAGUCAACGGGGCUGCCACAGAAUUGCGAAAACCUAGUUAUGCUGAGAUUUGCCAGAGAACAACUAAAGAUCCUCCUCCGUUGCCGCCCCAGAAGGAGCAGAAACCAAACACCGCGGGUUGUGGGAAAGACGAAAGGAAGCCCGCUGAACCUACAGUAGAGAGAUCCAGAGAAUCCCCUCCUGUGAAGUCAAACCCGGGACAGCCCAAAGACCAGAGGAGACCAUCGGGACGCAGGUCACCCCCUCCAACCACUGGGAAACGUUUGAAUAAAGAACAGAACACCCCCCCAAAAUCUCCACAGUGAAACCGAGUGUGUGUCAGGGGGAGGCCAAGCGAGAGUUCUCCUUAUCCCAAAUUAAGCCCGUUGUCCCCACUCAGAGUACCGAGAAUGAGUCGCUGGUUAGGAGCUUGCAGUGGUAUAUGAGGCAUGUGAAAUGCCUGCAAGUUUUGUUUUUCUUCUAUGAAAUAGAUCCCCCCCCCCCGAAAAUACAAAACAAAACAAAAACCCAUCUAUUUUUCAGGAUUUAAUUAAUCUAAACCUUAUGUUUAGGUUGGUGCUUAACUGGAGGUGAUGCAUAAAGUCUGAUUUUUUUUCAGGAUAGAAAAUGCAUUUAUCUUAAUGAAUUUGAUAUUUUUUAUUAAGCCUCCAUGUGGCUGUGAAUGCAAGCUAUAUAUAUAUAUAGUGAGUUUUUCUAAACAAUUAAGCAGAACUGGGCUGCUUCAAUUUUUUAAAUAACUGGUCUGCAAGUACAUAUCUUUAAAAUGUCAAAAUAGACUGAUAUGGCUGGUGACAGCUAGUAUUUAGAGUGCAAGAACAGCAAGUAAAUUUUACAAAACACUUCAAUACGAC